CUCUAACUACAGAUUGAAGGAACCAUUCAUGCGAGCUCUCUUGUACACACUCAACACUCCCGAGGAUUCUCUGUUUCUCUUAUUAGAGAUUCAGAGCUAUGGCAAGCACUACUUCCUCUAUACUGCCCCUAUCAAAACCAGAUUUUCCACUCCUUUCCUCUCAAAGAAACAAGAAGAUUAUAGCGUCAUCAACCACUUUUGGCAGAACCCGUCUCCAAGAAUAUCCAAUUCUUCGUGGAUUUUCGAAGCUUCAUCGAAUUAGUACAAAUGGGUUUGUUGUACUUUCUCGUUUGAACGAUCAGGUUGAAGAGAUUGGCCUUUCUAGUCAGGAAACGGCGGGGAGUAGUGACCCCAAGAUGGAAGUUCAAAGCCGUAUGUGGAACUGGAGGGGUUAUUCUAUUCGCUAUCAGUAUUCUGGGAACGGUGGCCCUGCAUUAGUUUUAAUUCAUGGUUUUGGAGCAAACAGUGACCAUUGGAGGAAAAAUAUUCCGGUUCUGGGAAAAUCACACAGGGUAUAUUCUAUUGAUCUUAUUGGUUACGGAUACUCUGAUAAACCAAAUCCUCAGCAAGUUGGAGACAACUAUUAUACAUUUGAAACAUGGGCUACCCAACUAAAUGAGUUUUGCACUGAUGUGGUUAAGGAUGAAGCAUUCUUUAUAUGCAAUUCCAUUGGAGGAGUUGUUGGUCUUCAGGCAGCAGUUAUGAUUCCACAGAUCUGCAAAGGCAUUAUCCUUCUAAAUAUAUCUCUUCGCAUGCUUCAUAUUACAAAGCAGCCUUGGUUUGGAAAACCUCUAAUCAGAUCAUUCCAGAGUUUGCUGAGGAAUACUGCUUUGGGAAAGUAUUUCUACAAAACUGUUGCCACACCAGAAUCUGUGAGGAGUAUUCUUAGCCAGUGUUACCAUGAUACCUCCCAAGUCACAGAGGAACUAGUUCAGAAGAUACUUAAUCCAGGACUUGAACCUGGUGCUGCAGAGGUGUUUCUGGAGUUUAUUUGCUACUCAGGUGGCCCUCUUCCUGAGGAACUUCUGCCUCAAGUAAAGUGUCCUGUUUUAAUAGCAUGGGGUGACAAGGAUCCAUGGGAACCCAUUGAGCUUGGAAAAAACUAUGGGAAUUUUGAUUCUGUAGAAGACUUUGUUGUCCUCCCCAAUGUUGGGCACUGCCCCCAGGUUCUCUCUGUCUCUUUCUCUCUCUCUCACACACACACACCCGCUGACCUACACAUACAAGCAGGCACAUGUGGAGGUCUUAAUUUCGUGGUGUUUAUGAACAUAGAACCCAUUUUUAGGAGAAGAAGUCGUCAUCUGACCAAUUGGCUCUCCUGUACUACUGUUCAAACGAGUGCUAGUAGGAGACAGAGUGCCUGACAAUAAAAUUGAAAUGAAUUUAAAGGUUUUGAGGUGUAGGGGCUGUUGGGCUUCUUAACAUAAUUUUCUAUGCACCUCCCACUCUGUUGACUCUAAAUCACUGGUUUCUGGUGUUCCAUCAAUGCAACAUCCUUUAUAAACCAAUUGCGGAAACAAAUGCCCUUUUCUCUGUCCCUACUUAACUAUAGCCCUCAUGAUUCAGAUUUGCAUAUGAACCUUGUAAUGUUUUUGCUGAUAAUAACUUUUUACUUUAAUGAUUUGUUGGCUGGAGUAAAGGACGAAGCACCUCAUCUUGUGAAUCCACUUGUCGAGUCAUUUGUGGCGCGCCAUGCUACGCCCAUCUGCUAGUGUCUCCACGACUGUCUGAUCCAGUGGCAUGUCUGUUUGUUGCUGUUUCUUAGUGCGUUCAAAGUGUUUCUGUCUUAUCCUUUCUCAAGGCACUGCUAAUCAAAUUCCACAUUCCCUUUUAAACAAUAUAUGUUCAAGCGUGGGGCUAAGCACUUCUUUUUGUGGGGGGGUAUGCUUGAAAAAUGUGGCAUUUCGGCCAACCUGACUACCAAGUCUUUAGAAUGCUUAGACUUGGACCACUUUUAUUUUAAAUCUUCAAAUUUUUGUAAUUACAUAUUGUAAGACUAUUUUCUGUUAAUAUUAUAUGAAGUUUUGCCAAUAAGCAA